UUUGUAUACAAAUCAAUUUUUUUGAACCAAAAAAUGUCUGCAUCCAAAGAUAAUUUAUUAGAAACUUUUAUAAAAAUCUGUGAUAAAGUUGCAAGUGUUUCAAGUUACAUUAGUAAAUCAAAUGUUUUACAGGAAUUUUUUCAAAAGGGCUCCAGUGGCAAAGGCUUUAAAGGAGAUAUCCAUUUGUGGGUACAUACGCUCCUGCCAAUGGCAAGUCAAAGAGUUUAUAAUUUACAAAAUAAACAAAUUAUUAAACUCUUCUCGAGAAUAUUUCGUACGAAUGAAAAAGAUAUGCUAAUUGAUUUGGAACAAGGUGAUGUUUCUGAAACGAUUCGUAAAUACUUUGAAUCAUCCAAAGGAAUCUCGCCGAGUGCUAAAAGUACAUUAACUUUGGCACAAGUUGAAGAAACUCUUAUCAAUUUAACUAAUUCAGGAAAAGAAGAUUAUCAAAUUGAUAUUUUCAGUAAACUAUGUAAAAAGGCAACACCUGAAGAUUUAAAAAUGUUAAUCCGCCUCAUUAAACAAGAUUUAAAGAUAAAUGCCAAAGCAAGGCACGUAUUAGAUGCUUUUGGCCCAGAUGCUUACCCAGCAUACCAGUCCUCACGUGAUCUUGAUGCUGUUGUCGAUCAGUUUGCUUCUAAAACUGCAGCCAAAAGUCCAUUAAAAGGCAAAAAGACUGCUGGUGGUUCCGUAAAUGUUCAAAUCAUGACACCCAUAAGUCCAAUGCUUGCAAGUGCCUGCAACUCAGUAGAUACAGCUUUCAAAAAGAACCCUGGUGGUCUUUACAGUGAAAUAAAAUACGAUGGGGAACGUGUUCAGAUUCACAAACAAGGCAACGAAUAUCGUUUCUUUUCGAGAAAUUUAAAACCUGUGAUGGAUCAUAAAGUUCGCAGAUUUAAAGAAAUUAUUCCAAAGGCCUUUCCAACUGCGUCGGAUAUGAUAAUUGAUUCAGAAAUUAUUAUGGUCGACACGGAUACCGGUGAAUUGCUACCCUUUGGAACCUUAGGAGUUCACAAGAAACAGGAACACACUAACUCAGCAGUGUGUCUAUUCAUCUUUGACUGCAUUUAUUUUAAUGGAAAAGAUUUACAAAAUGUGACCUUUCGGGAAAGAAGAAAAAUUCUUGAAGCCAAUCUUACUCCGAUUAAGUCUUACGUUCAAUUGUCUGAAAGUCAUUUUCUAUCAACAAAGCAGGAAUUGGCUUUAAUGACAGCAAAGGUCUUAAAAGCUGGCAUGGAAGGUAUUGUACUAAAAAGUCCAAACGGACUUUAUGAACCGGGAAAACGAAAAUGGCUAAAAGUGAAAAAAGAUUACCUUUUCGAAGGUAAAAUGGCAGACACUGCUGAUUUGGUUGUUCUUGGUGGCUGGUUUGGUUCUGGAAAGAAAGGUGGCAUGCUUAGUAUUUACCUGAUGGGUUGUUUGGACAAGAAAACUAAUCUGUGGAAAACAGUAACAAAAGUACAUUCAGGUCUUGACGAUGCUACCAUGGAAGAGAUCCAUGACAAACUUAUGCCUCAAAUGGAACGUAGUGAUUUUAAAAAUCUACCACCAUGGUUUGUUUGUAACAAACCAUUAGUUCCAGAUUACAUUGCCAAAUCUCCAAAUAAAAUGCCAGUUUGGGAAAUAACUGGAGCUGAAUUUACAAGCUCCAAUGCACAUACCGCAAAUGGAAUUUCCAUACGUUUCCCGAGAAUAACAAAACUUCGAAAUGAUAAGUCACCAAAAGAAGCAACAAGUUUGCAUGAGUUGCAGAAUUUGGUUACUGCCUCUAAGAAUAAUGUUAAUGUUGAUUUGCUUCUUAAAAGCUGUGAUGAUGAAGCAGAUGAUAUUGAUAUUAAAACAAGUAUGGCAGGAAGUCCAAUUAAGAAUGUUAAAGUUGAGAAAACUAAAACAUCUCCAAAAGAUCGAGUUUCGACUCCAAUUAAAAAAGAUAAACCUUCGUUGAAAAGAGAAAAUUCUGACGAAGAAGAUGAUGACAAAUCUGAGAUCAAAAAAGAGAAGUUGGAUAGUUCGGAGGAAGAAUCAAAAGCAAGUCCAAUUAAAAAGGGAAGACCAACAGUUAAAAGAGAAAAUUCUGAUGAAUGUGAAGAUGAUUUCCUACCUCUGAAAAAGCAGAAAAAAGCGGGGGUAUUUUUUGGGUACACGGCAUAUUUCCAAGCUGAAAAGGGUUCAAAGUUGCGUGAUUAUCUUAAGAAAUUCGAAGAACAUGGAGGAAGUAUUACUUUAAAUAAGAGGAAAGCAAAUAUUGUUUUGUAUGAAGACGAAAAGUUUGUGGAAACGAUAACCCAGAGCAGACUAAAUUACAGUAAAGAUUGUCGGCAUAUAACUAUUCAAUGGAUGAUGGAUUGCAUGAAUGACAACGUUGUCAAACCGAUUCCUGAGUAUGCUGUUUCAAUUAAAUGUUAAUUUGAAAGUUUUAUUUAAAUUGUAUAUACAUAACCAAAUUUACAAUAAGA